AACUAAACGCUAUUGUCGAUAUCGGUUGCUGAAAAAUUUUUCAUUCGAUUCGAGAGCGAUCGGUUGGAAUUAUAAAUUGGCGAGUUAUGAGUUCGAGUUUGUUAGUAUUUCACGCACAAGUGACAAAAAAUAUAACCCACGAUGGAUUGUCGGAUUUAUGUCACUGUGAUCUUGGGUUAACUGAGUCAAUUGAGUAUUUUUAUUAGUAUCAGAAGUUACAUCUUUGCGGUGAUCGCACAAAACAAAACCGAAAUAUUUUUAUUCAUUUUUUUUUUUCUACAACGUGAUAUUGGGUAAGUGUCAGUGGUUGGUGUGCAGGCUUAUGAGAAGUAGUAGAGAUUUGAGACUCGUUCCUUAUGAUCUCUUAUUUUUAAACGUCACACGAUGCCGUAAUAAUUUUAUACGAUAUUUGGGGUGGUCUCUGAUUACACACUGCUGUUGACAUCAGAAAUAUCGACAUCGACGAAUAUAUGUAUACCUAAAUCAUUCAACGAUGGAAGACCAAGAAAACCAUAACAUAAAAAGAAACAUGUCGGAUCGUGCAGAACCCGUACUCAUGGGUGUUGAAAAAUCCGAUCCAAGUAGUUAUAUUCACAUCGAUAAGAAUGAGUUCAAAAUAGGUAGGGCAAAAGCAAAUGAUGAGAUAAUUGCCCAUGUUUCGAUAUCAAGACAACAUUGUAUUUUCAAACAAGUAGGCGACAAGGAAUGGACGAUACAAAAUUUUAGUUCAGGUGGAACUUUUGUCAAUCAAAUUGCACUCACAUCAGGAGAACGACGAAUCCUCAAACCGGGAGAUAUUAUACAGUUCGGUCCACUUGCAGAGUUUGCAUACAAGUUUGUAUUUCUCUCAAAAAAUGAGCCUGUAGCCAAGAAACGUAGGCUGAGUACACCUGAACUGGAGUUGGAAAAUAUUGUGAUGAAGCAAAAGACAUUUGAAGAAUCACAGCAGAUGGAAAGGGAUCAUCUUGCUGAACAGAUGAAAGCCAAGCAUAUAGAGCAGCUGGAGUUAAAAACUGAACUGACUAAAUUAUUGAAGGACAGAGAAACAGUAUUGGGAGAAAAAGAUGAUCUUAAUAAACAGAUAAAUACACUAGAAAAAAGUAUCGAGGAUGUUAAAGUGGCAGAAAUAAAUCUUGAAAAACUGAAUCGAGAAUUGUCUGAACGUUUAGAUAAGGAGAGGCAAGAAUUCGAGGCUAGGUUAAAUGAAGAAAAGAGAAAAAUGGAAGAAGCGUUAGAAAUAAGUAAGAAAGAGAAGGAAAUGUUGGAAAAAAAUAUGAGAGAACAACUUGAAAAAUUGAAAGAAGAGCAACAAAUAGAACAUAAAAAACUAACGGAGUCUCUCAGUGAAGAAAAAAAAGCAGCAGAAAAGCUACAAGGUGAAAAUACGGAAUUUGCACAAAAACUUAAGGAAAUGGAAAAUGCCUUGGUUAACAUGGAAGCUAAGGCUAAUCAACUACAAACAACCCUUGAAGAACGACAAGCUUUGAAAGCUCCAGAAGUCGUCUCACUUGGUACUAUAGCAGAAAAUGUUGAGAUUCUUGAUGAUUCAAAUGUAAUGAUUUUGGAAACGAUAGAUUUGACUGUUGAAACACCAUCUGAUAAAAAAGUUGCCGAAACCCCAAGCACAGGAUCUGUAAAUGAAGUUUUUAACAAAGUUGGAGAUAUAAUGGAUGAACAGUUGACCUGUAGCAUUUGUUCAGAAUUAUUUGUCACAGCUACAACACUAGAGUGCACGCAUACUUUCUGCCAGUAUUGUAUCAAUACUUGGAAGAAAAAGAAAGCAGAAUGCCCUGUCUGUAGGGCUUCAAUAACUGCCAUGCAUCGUUCUUUGGUAUUGGACAAUUUCAUCGAUAAAAUGGUAGAAAAUUUAUCAGCAGACUACAAAAAACGAAGGACCGAUAUCGUCGAAGAAAGGAGAGAAAACGAAAGACUGGCAAAACAAGCUACUGCCUCAGGAACCGGACGAAGAGGACGACCUCGAGGUAGAAUUGCAAACGCGAAUGUAAAUGCAACUAUUAAUCUUACUGGAAAUGCUCCUGCAGCAGCGACUAGUGCGGCCAAUAACACUCGUGCCUCAAGCAGGACAGAACGGACAGACGGUAUACAGCAUCGUAGGCUCCAGGGCCGAGACAAUCCAAUUUGGAACAAUCCCUCGAGUUCGCGCAGUCACCCUCACCCGCAAUCCAUCGAUAUCGAGGGUACCUCGAAUAAUCAACAGAGCUCCGCAUCCGGCGGUAGUACAGGCGAUUCAACCAGCCAGACCAACGAGAGUGACAGUUCGGCCAGCAGUGCGUCUACCGACCACAACGGCGACACAGCUUCACUCGACUCAAGCUCCUCCAAUAGUCAGACCUCAGAGGACCCGGAGGACAACUUCACAGACAUGGAUACCUCAAUCAACUCAGAGGGCCACAGCACCGACCACGAUUGGGGAGUAGAUGAAGGCGAAGAUGAUUUUUCUUGGUGGAGUGAGCUGUCAGAUGAUGACUCGAUGGACGGACAUCUAGGUGCAUUGUACGGUGGAUAUGGUGCCUGCUAUGUUUGUGGAAGAAGAGGCCACUGGGCACCGGGAUGUCCUUUCAGAUGAUUCUUGUAUUUUAUCACUACAGGAAUUUAUGAAAUCAUUGCACGAUUUAUGCAAUAUUUACAUCAAUUUCAUGUAUUUCUUGGAUGAAUCGAAUUCCAUUAUCUGAAGUUUGAAUCGUUGCCAUACGAGUCACCGACACGUCUGCGUAGAUCGUUGAUAAUUUUUUUUCACCAACCUUUUUGUUGCCAAGUUCUCAUCGUUCGGUCUUGAUCCCUUUUGUACAUCACCCACUCGUGGAUAUCAGUUGAUUCGUGUAGAAUUUUACUGCGUAAAUUGCACCAUUCGACGAGUUUUAACUAAUCAUAACACCAUAUAAAUGAUAAUUACAACCGCUCAAAGUCAAAAGAGAGUUCUGAAUUGCGAUUUCGUGUGAUGGUAUCAAUCCGCGGCAACAUAUCGAGUGUGCAAAGUAUAAAGUCUACGUCUCUACCACAUUUUAUUGUAAACAAGUUUAAAAUACUCUAUCAAUAAUUAUUAUCGCUAAGCUAUGAGACGUUAAAGGAUCAAAAGCUAAGAGAAAAAAGUAGGUCGUCUCAAACUCACCCUACAUAUAAAAGUAAAAAUACCAAAUGUAUAAAUUUAAGUAUUCUGUGUCUUUAACUUUCUAUGAAAAAAAAACCUUAAGUUUAAGUACUUAUGAUAAAGUAAACUAUAAAAAUAAAGAAAAUUAUUUUGCAAA